GUGGGUCAAGGUAGCUCUGGGCUACAGGAUCCUUGCUGGGGGUUCGGGGAGCGCUUGGACCCCGGCUUCUGAGACGCGUCAGGUCGCCGUGAAGGUGAUUGCAUGAGAUCGUGCGUGUUAACGUUUGUUGACAGCUGUUACUUGAGUCCGACAGCCCUGGGGGCCGUGCACCUGCGUAUCAUGGCUACCUCUGAACUCCUUGGGGGACACGUAUACCUUUGAGAAUCCGAUGAAAGCCAGAGAUUCCGCCCUUGUUUUCUUAGAAUUAAAUGCAAAGAAAGAAGCCGAAGUCCAAGGGGGAUAAAGGCUGGAGUCCCACUGUGGGUGAGCCGCAGAGUGAUCAUUGGAAGCCAGGUGCUCCCCCUUCACUUCCUGUGUGCGGAGCACGCUCGCCCCGGGAGUUUCACUAGAAAGAAGGUUGCCAUGGGCCAGGGGGACAGCUUGUACCUCAAGUGCACGCGGAUGCCCCAGAAUCCCAGGAUCUCAGCUGAGCUGUUUGUGGAUUAUUAGAUCUGACUUAAAAGGAGAAGGGAGCACUGGCUUUGCUUUCAUCAGGCCAAAGAUGCCUUUCUUUGGGAAUACGUUCAGUCCGAAGAAGACACCUCCUCGGAAGUCGGCCUCUCUCUCCAACCUGCAUUCUUUGGAUCGAUCAACCCGGGAGGUGGAGCUGGGCUUGGAAUACGGAUCCCCGACUAUGAACCUGGCAGGGCAAAGCCUGAAGUUUGAAAAUGGCCAGUGGAUAGCAGAGACAGGGGUUAGUGGCGGUGUGGACCGGAGGGAGGUUCAGCGCCUUCGCAGGCGGAACCAGCAGUUGGAGGAAGAGAACAAUCUCUUGCGGCUGAAAGUGGACAUCCUGUUAGACAUGCUUUCAGAGUCCACUGCCGAAUCCCACUUAAUGGAGAAGGAACUGGAUGAACUGAGGAUCAGCCGGAAGAGAAAAUGAAGACCCCAGAGACAUUUAUUGGGGAGUAGGAUGUGGCUGAGUGCUUUUUUUUUUUUGGCCAGACUAGCGGAUUCAGUCCUGGAAGAGAGUAUCAUAUAAUGGGACCCACAGGCACUGGCACCCUUGGGUUGGCAAUAGAAGGUGACAUGGAAUGGAGAAAACCAAGAUUCCAGAUGGGGAUAGUAACUAGAAGGUGCUUCAGAUGCACUGCCUGCGGGUGCCAGUCUGAAAACCAGACCGCACAGAGGCCUGGGGCUGCUGAUGAGCUUUUUGGUGCUCUCCACACACAAGCUCGCAAACACACAUGUCCCAGAAUAGCUUUGUUGGGUUGUGUUGGGAGAAGCGGCUGGAGUUCAUUCUCUCACCCCCUUACGUUGGUGUUUGGCGUGUGACAGCAGUUCUACAGAGCUCUGUGUUGGGGUCAUGGAUGAGCGGCUCUCUUGGCUCUUAAAGGCAGGCCUCUCUCUUCUUGCCUUUAAAGAAUCCUCCUUCCUCACACCUGGCCUCCUCUGGCUUCAGCUUCUCAGCAGCAAGCACCAGCCUUCCACAACAACACUAUAUUUUUAUGCUACUUUCCUGUUUGCACUACUACUUUUUUAUUAAACGAUGUUAAAUAAUC